ACAAUAUGCGUGUCUUUGCUCUAAUUCAGUGUAUCGCGACUGUCGCAGCAAUGACCAGUCCCUCUAGGAUAUUGGGUGGGACUGUCACCUCCAUAGAGCAAUACCCCAGUAUGGUUGUAAUUUUGUUCGUAUUUGAGUGGAAUCACGUUGCUCACAUUUGUGGCGGCAGUCUCCUUAACAACCGGUCCGUCCUCACCGCCGCUCACUGUGUAUUUGACGCAUCCGUCAGCAAGUAUCGAAUUCGAGUGGGGUCCACGUGGUCGAAUAGCGGUGGUGUCGUUCAUAACAUUAAUGGCAUCUUCCUGUAUGAUACACUGGACUACCCACCCAUGAUCAUACAUGAUAUCGGUGUCAUACGCUCUGCCACUAACAUAGAGUACAGCGACUACACUCGCCCCGCUCCCAUCGCUGGCACUACAUACGUUGUUCCCGAUAACGAUUACAUUUGGGCUGCUGGAUGGGGUGGGCCUGAUCCUGAGGAUGAGUCUGAACUGGGGCAGCUGCGUCAUGUCAAAUUUGAGAAAGUAAAUUUAGACGUCUGCAAAAAACUAUUCCAGGCUGCCAAUUACGUGCUUCCUGCUGAUUAUAUGAUCUGUGUUGGCUGGCCUACUGGGGAUCGCAGUCAGUACAGCGGGGAAUCCGGCAGUCCUAUUUUCCAUAAUGGAGUCGUU